AUGUUAUUUGAAAUUAAAGAACCUGGACCAGGCUUCGAUUAUUUCCUAAAUACUUCAUGCAACGACUGGGACGUGGUUCAGUACCACGCAUUUUGGAAAAAAAGUAACUUCGGUUUAAAUAAAGCAAGCAUAAUGAGAAGAUUUAACACACAGUUGCAGAAGAUAAAAGAACAAAGCACAGAAGAAGAGAAGAAUAAUGCAAUACGUCUCAAAAAACAAUUUCAGUCAAAUUGCUACAACGAUUCUGAUGUAGGCCAUGGGAAUGACAAUAAUCCCUUUAUAGCACAAACAGGAGGGGUUCAACGAAAUAUAAGGUGCCUAUCGUCGAUUAUGUAUUGCAAUGAACUUAAACCAGAAUAUGUUAAAUAUUCUGAAAAGAUAUGGAAAGAGGCUCAUCUAGGGCUCCGAUCAGUUCAGUUCGGUUCGGUUUUUACAAAAACCGAAACCAAAUCGAAAUAA